CAGUAUAAAGGGGACCGCACAUAGAACACGUACGCACUAAUAUAUUGAGAAAGAGGGAGACUAUGUCAACGGCAGCGGGAACUCGCUGAAUGUAUAACCGGCGAGUAGCCUUAGAAUUCCGUACCGUUUUUCGAAAUUCUCCACUCGAGUCUCAAAGUGAACGGUGUCUCAGCAGUUGGUUUUGAUCAUCGUAUCGUAUCUGUUUAUCGUAUCUAAGUCUUCCUGUCGCAGUUACACGAAAAAAUAAUUGUGAAAAGUGGUUCUCAUCUCCGACGCGCGCGAGGGUGACGUCGCCGUGUAAACUUCCACUGGGACUUCCUUCGACCUGGUGAAUCCCUUGCAACGAACGACAGGUGCAUUGUAGAAAAAUUUAAUAAAAUUCAGUAAACAUUCCUAAAAAAUUGCUACACAGGAAUUGACAAUAAAUUUAGAGUAAAUUUUUCAUAUAUGUAUCAUCGACGAAAUGAGUUGAAAUCGUUAUUCCAAAAAAAUUCCAACAAAAUCUUCGAAUAUUGAAUAUCUCUCAAAAUUUCGAAAUUUUAAGACUGAUUAAUUAUAAAAAUAUAUAUAUACAUAUAGUUGAAAGGAUAAUUUAUAAUAUUACUUUUUAUUUAAUUAUUAUAUUUCUGUUCUCACAUAUAUCUUAAUAAGAUUCUAAUUCAUCCUCAAUUAGACAAAUUUGAAAAAAAGUCAUAAAAACUCUUUAAUUUAGGAUAUUUUUAUGAUAGAAAAAUAAAAAAUGAUAUCAUAUAUAAUUAUAUCUAUUUUUUAUUAAAUUGAAAAAUAAUUAUCCGUCAGACUAGUAGUAUUACUUAAUUUAAGGGCAAAGGGGCGUUUGUUAUAUCUCGAAUAUUAUCAUAUAUAUAUAUUUGUUACGUGCUAGAUUUUUAUUCAAUAUAGAUACGUUUCUUGUGCAUAAAGAUACAAAACAUACUUUCUAUAUGCUUAUUUUUGUUUACAUAAAUGAAACAAACAAAUGAUAGAGGAAGAGCAAAAAGAAAGAGAAAAAAAAGUAAAAUACUAUAUGUUAUCUAAUCUAUAAUUGCACGCAGUGCGUAAAUACGUAAUUUUUUGUACAUUAUAGUAACUUGUACAUUGUAAAACUCUUUCUUACAUGUUAAUUUAAACAUGUAAAAUGUUUUCUAAUUAUGUCAAUUGAACAUUUAAUAUGAUUACAUUUAUGUCUUAUCUUAUAGCAUAACUUCAGAUGUAAAUCACAUGCAAAGCGAAUAGUUCUGUAUUUCAGAUUCCUGUUCAAAGAUGAAGUUUUAUUAUUGAAAAAUCUAUGCUCUUAACAUUAUAAACAAUUUAGUUGAGGAGGUUCUAGUCAAGGCGACGGAAAGAAAAACUUAAACGAUAAAGCGGGAAGAAUCGGGUCACAACCAUGAAGUCCACAAUCGCGCUGCAGCAAUUUAAGAAAUAUAUUAUCUUGUUUAUGGUGGGCGUUGUGUGCAGUUCCUUGACCUAUGUGAUUUACGUCGUUGAUCCCGUAAACAUGAUAGUGGAAUACAAUCUACAAAUGACGCCGCACUCGAUGCUCUUUUCGGUGUGGAAGAAACCACCUCUUGAUAUUUAUUUAAACGUGUACAUAUUUAAUAUUACCAAUCCAGUAGAAUUUCUAAGCGGUAAGGAGAAGCUUAAAGUCGAAGAAAUCGGGCCAUAUGUCUAUCAAGAAUUCAUCGAAAACAAUAAUGUAACAUUUAAUGACAACGGCACCUUAACUUACAUUCCCAAAAGAUCAGUGAUUUUUCUUCCUGAACUGUCAAUAAGUGAUCCUAAGAAGGAUAUGGUUAGAGUCCCGAAUGUACCUGUACUGGGUGUUUUAUCAGCUUUACAGGACGCCGGAUUUUUGGUAAACUACCCCUUGAUACAGCUAGCGAAUAUGAUGAAUGCCAAGCCAAUCCUUAAUAUCUCGGUAUACGAUUAUCUAUGGGGAUACGAGGACUCAUUAGUAAAACUGGCUGGUGGACUUGUACCGAACUUUAUCAAUUUCCAAAAAUUCGGUUUACUGGACAGGAUGUACGAUGAGGGUGAGAACAUUGUGACAAUAAUUCUUCGAAAGAAUGCUAAUAUGACAGAUGAGAAAGGACGUUAUCUUAGUAUCGAUAAGUACAAUGGCAGUCCUGGGUUAUCACAAUGGGGAUAUGGCGAAGAGGAAGGCAAUGAAAUGCAAGAAAGAACUUCGGUUUGCAACAAGAUUCAGGGUGCUACGGAAGGUAUCAUCUUUCCGUCGCACGUAAACAAGCAGGCGGUUUUUAGAGUUUUCAGAAAAGCAUUUUGCCGAGCGCUACCAAUUAAAUUCAAGAAAGAAGUUUUAACACAAGAAGGCCUACCAGGAUAUUUAUACACACUCGCAGAUGAUUUUGCCGAUCCACCUGAUCAAAAUCCAGACAAUGAAUGCUAUUGUCGUAAGAUGAAAACUUGUCUAAAGAAAGGGCUUUCUAAUCUAACACCGUGUUACUACAAUAUUCCAGUGGCAGUAUCACUUCCACAUUUUCUUGAUGCGGAUCCGAGUUUACUAGAGGAUGUGGUUGGUCUUCAGCCAGAUCCAGAGAAGCAUGCAUCUUACGCAAUAUUGCAACAAACAUUCGGUGUGCCCAUAUACGUGCGCUCGAGGAUGCAAACGAAUCUGAUAGUGCAACAUCUGCGUUACAGCCCUAAGAUGGCAGCUUUUAGUGGCAUCACAGUACCGUUAUUCUGGUUCGAUAUGAAUACUCCGUCGUUGCCCACCAAUCUAUACAUCAUACUAAAGUUAACACUGCAAAUACUACCAGUCGCGCAGACAGUAUUCAUGUACCUGCUUGGAAUAAUCAGCAUAACACUGAUAAUAAUCUCGUUGAUCUCGAUUGUAUGGACCCUUAAGCGACAAGAGCAGCAUGACCAAGAAACAAUUAAAACCGUCGACAAUCCCGACAUGAGAAUACCAUUAUACAACGGUCAAUACACUGCGAUCAAGAUCUUACCAACGAUCAAGAAGAUGACGUCGAGAACGGAGUUCUUCACUUAAUUAAAUGCCAUGGCGACGUCGUUCUGUGCACGUAAUCACGGAAUCAAGUAACAUGGGAUACUAUUGUAAAAUACCGCAUAUUAUUGACGUGGACAUACAGUCUGGGACAAUUUAAUUUGUACAAUAAACUGUUAAAAACUCUUUGCAGCUAUUAAUAUUUUUCAUAACAUCACAGUACCAGAGAACGAUUGCGUGAAAAAUAUUAUUAAUGCGAAGAGAUUUAGACAUGAAUAUAUGUAUAAAUAAAUGUAUGGAUAUAUUUUUUUUAUGUAUCUUCAGUGCGCCGCGAGAAAGAGACAUAAAAAUAAAUAUUUGAGCUUUAAGUUUGACCACGAAAAACGUAUUUGUGAAAGAAACGUUUAUAUCAUUUAUAUCAUUAUGCCAUAUGUAUUCAGAUUAAUUACAAUGGGAUUAUAUAAACAUAUGCAAAAUAAGCCUUACGCGAUUUAUACAUAUAUUUAUAUUAUUUUACAUAUUCCCUGAUAAUAUUUGAGAUUGUGUCUCAGAUAUGUUCGAUAUAGUAUUUUAAUAAAAUUCUAAAUAGUGUAAUAUGGGAUCAAUAGUUAUUGAUACAACUUAUGAGUUAUUGUGGGAUACAAAGCUUAGCUGUUUAAUUUAUUUACAUUUUAUUACAUCAAUAAGUAGUAAGGCCCGCAAUGUUGUAUGAAUCACAAACGCAAUAAGAAAAAUAGUUUUGUAAAGGUAGUAUUAUAAGUAAAAUUGCUUUAACCCUUUGUCUGAUUUAAUCACAAAUCGCACAGGCGAUGUUACUUAUAUAAUAAUAACAGAUAAAGUACUAAAAUAGCCGAAUGAAAAUACAUGACACAGAAAAUUUGACUGUAACAGACAGGCAAAUGUGCCUUUUUGCUGAUUUGAUCAUAUUUCAUUAUAGUUAUAGAUUAAAAAGAUUUUAAAGUAGAAAAUUGUUUAAAAAGUUUUUAAAUUUUAUAUUCAAGACAAAAUAUAAGACAAUUCAUAUAAAAUUUAUACUUACUCGUUUAGAUAAGAAUAUUAUGUGUAAUUUGUCCAAAAAGAAAAUUAAUAUUAUAAUAAAAACAAUCAACAUUAAAUGUGCUAGGAAUAAAACUGAGAAAUAGACUCGAAUACCUACAUGUUUCUACUUAGUUUCUACUUAAUCUGAGUUACGAAAAGAUUUUAUCUUUUUAUACUUAGUUUAUUUAUUCAUAUAUUAUAGUUUGCAUGUACAAAAUUGUAACUUUUGUAAUAAGUGAUGAAGUAUUGCGACAUACGUCGAAAAAUAGAAUGUGAUAAAACUGUUUGU